AUGAGCUCCCCGGGCGCGGAGAGCGCGGGGAAGAGCCUGCAGUACCGGGUGGACCACCUGCUGAGCGCCGUGGAGAGCGAGCUGCAGGCGGGCAGCGAGAAGGGCGACCCCACGGAGCGCGAGCUGCGCGUGGGGCUGGAGGAGAGCGAGCUGUGGCUGCGCUUCAAGGAGCUCACCAACGAGAUGAUCGUGACCAAGAACGGCAGGAGGAUGUUCCCGGUGCUGAAGGUGAACGUGUCCGGGCUGGACCCCAACGCCAUGUACUCCUUCCUGCUGGACUUCGUGGCGGCCGACAACCACCGCUGGAAGUACGUGAACGGGGAGUGGGUCCCGGGCGGCAAGCCCGAGCCGCAGGCGCCCAGCUGCGUCUACAUCCACCCCGACUCGCCCAACUUCGGGGCGCACUGGAUGAAGGCGCCCGUCUCCUUCAGCAAAGUCAAGCUCACCAACAAGCUCAACGGAGGGGGCCAGAUCAUGCUGAACUCCUUACACAAGUACGAGCCUCGAAUCCACAUCGUGAGGGUGGGGGGUCCCCAGCGCAUGAUCACCAGCCACUGCUUCCCAGAGACCCAGUUCAUUGCGGUGACGGCUUAUCAGAAUGAGGAGAUCACAGCUCUUAAAAUUAAAUACAACCCAUUUGCGAAAGCGUUCCUUGAUGCGAAGGAGAGAAGCGACCAUAAGGAUAUGAUGGAAGACCCUGGAGACGGCCAGCAGUCUGGGUUCUCCCAAUGGGGGUGGCUCAUUCCCGGAACCAGCACACUGUGCCCCCCGGCCACCCCCCACCCUCAGUUUGGAGGCCCCCUGUCACUUCCCUCCACGCACGGCUGCGAAAGGUACCCGGCCCUGAGGAGCCACCGCCCAUCCCCCUACCCCAGCCCCUACGCGCAUCGGAACAAUUCUGCAACCUAUUCUGAGAAUUCACCUGCCUGUCUGUCCAUGCUCCAGUCCCAUGACAACUGGCCCGGCCUCGGGAUGCCCGCCCACAGCAGCAUGCUUCCCGUGGGCGCCGGCGCUGGCCCACCCGCGGGCGCCAGCCAGUACCCCAGCCUGUGGUCCGUGAGCAACGGCGCCAUCACGCCGGGCGCGCAGUCGCCAGGGAUGUCCGGCGGGCUGGGGGCCCCAUUCUUCCGGGGGUCCUCUGCCCACCCCGCGCCCCUCGCCCACCCAGGCUCGGCCUCCUCCUCGGGAUCCCCGCUGUACGACGGGGCCGCCGUGGCCGCAGACGUCCCCGACAGCCAGUACGAUGCCGCGGCCCAGGCCUGCCUCAUCGCCUCCUGGACGCCGGUGUCGCCGCCCUCCAUGUGA